AAAUAGAUCAUAUUAUUAUUGUUGAGGAAGUACAAGAACACUAUUUCAAUUAGAACAGUGCAUAUCUCCACAUCUGCAUGACUCAUUACGAAUGCCUUCCAUGUUUGUUAGUCCUGCUAGAACCGUCUACAUGUGCGGGAAUGGCAAUUAUCCAUAUUUUAAUGUAUUGAUAUAAAUAAUAGGCUGUUUUUCUUUUGAUAUAGCAAGGCAAGACUCAUUAGAACGGCCUAUUUCAUUUAUGAUGUGUUCGUGUGUUAUGUGAUGUGAAAAUGGCUGUUUCAUGCAUAGGGGUGUGGGGGGUAAUUUUCAGGAGACUUUUCGGGUGGCCUCUGAUCGUAGAACCCAAAAAACAGGUUGACGGGAGAAAAGCCGACGAAGUCCAAAUAUUAGAGGACUCUAUUCGCGCCCGAAACGAGCAACAGAAAAAGGCGGGAGUCGAACUCGACGCCACCUGUCAUAUUUGUUUGAAAACGAAAUUCGCCGAUGGUGUCGGCCAUCUUUGCAACUACUGCGGAAUAAGAUGCUGCGCCCGCUGUGGUGGGAAAGUCACUCUCCGAUCCAAUAAGGUGAUCUGGAUAUGCAUCUUGUGCCGCAAGAAGCAAGAACUCCUCAGCAAGACGGGCCAAUGGAUGCUGGGCGGUCCCGCGACCGACACGGACCUGCCCCAGAUCCUGCCCCCGCACGCUGCCCCUUCCGAUAAGCGGCCCAAGCUCGAGCGGGCGCACUCCGCCGCCGAGAAGGAGAACCUACCCUUGCAGCGGGCGGGCAGCGUGCUGAGGAGGCAGUACUCGGAGCAGCAGGAGCCGCGGGCGCCCUCUUGCGAGAGAUACCAGCAGUUCAACGAGGAGGACCCGAGGUUCUACCAGGGCGAGUUGGAGGGGCUGAUGCGGACGCAUCCCCACCUGGUGCCUAGAAGAUAUCCAGAUCCAGAACCGGAGCUCACCCACAUGGACCACUCGCAGCAGCGCGUCCAAUCCGCUGCCAGCUGCAACAAGAAGCACAAGCGCAGCGGCUCAACGAAGAAGCAGCAGCACCCGCCGCCGCAGGUGCAGCUGCACUCCUACUCCAGCUCGGAGGAGGACCUCAAGUCCACCCCGGAGUACGGGAGCGACGAUCGAGACAGCGAAAAAGACCGCCCCGACGAGCUGGACGGCUGGCCGCCCCUCGGCCGCUACAUCGUGGCGCCGAGCCACCCGUCCCGCCCCCUACAGGACGUCACGGCCGACAACAGGGUCUUCGCGGGACGCCGCAAGAAGACGGUUCGGUUCGACCAGCGUCCCGACGCCGACGGCAGACAGACGUCGCAGGACUCGCACCGCGACUCCGGCAUCGACACGUCGUCGACGUUCACGUCGAGCGAGGACUCCACCACCAGGGGGGAGGCGCCCAAGCACCCUCUCUCCUGGCAAGUAUCCUCAGAUGGGUCAAGGAUGAUUGGCCACAUGAUUCUCAGGAGGAAUUCCAGAGAUUCUCAAGGAUCUAGCGCCGCCAUUUUAGGAUUAAAAGUGGUGGGCGGUAAACUAUUAGAAAACGGCAUGACUGGGGCUGUGAUAGAAAAAGUCAAAAAAGGCAGUAUUGCUGACAUCGAAGGACAACUCAAGCCAGGAGACGAGGUGAUAGAAUGGAAUGGUAGGUCGCUUCAGGGCAAAACCUAUCAAGAAGUUGCCGAUAUAAUAGCAGAGAGUAGGCAAGAAGCCAAUGUGGAGCUGAUAGUAUCCAGGAGUAUGGGCAAUAGAAGGGUAGCACAGGCCAAUUGGAGGCAUUCUGCCGCCCAAAGAGGCCUGCCCUGGGCAAGUCACGAUCCACCGGAUGCCUACGAGCGACCCCACGUGCUAGUCACGUCGCCCGGCAGUCCGCCGGCCCGACCCGGCGUUCCGGCGGCCAGCAUCGCCGGCCGCGUGCAGCUGCGCCUCGAGUUUGACGCGCCGGCGCUGCAGCUGCUGGUGACGGUGGUGUGCGCGGCUGGGUUGGCGCCGAGGCCGCAGCAGCUGCCGCGCAACCCCUACUGCAAGCUGUUCCUGCUGCCCGACAGGUCGGAGAAGAGCAAGCGGCGGACCAGGACUCUGGCGGGCACGACGGAGCCGAUGUGGAACCAGACGUUCGUCUACUCGGGCCUGCGACGGGCCGACCUGCGCAUGCGCGCGCUCGAGCUCACCGUGUGGGACUACGUGCGCUGCGGAGCCAACGACUUCCUGGGCGAGACGGUGGCGGAGCUGUGGCCCCUGGAGGAGCAGGCUGUGUGGCGAGCGCUGGGGCCACACGAGGAAGUGGCUCUCACGCCCAGCGAGCACCUGUCGCCGCCCAGCACCGGGUCCAGGUUCUCCGACAGUGAUACUCCUUCGGAAUGUGAAAUCGACGGAGGGAGGGACAGAAGAAAUGCAGAUGGCGCCAGUGUUAGUAGCGUAGGGAGUUCUGCGAGUCCUCCAAGAGAGAUAGAUAGAAGAUCGCGCAGAGACAACGAUAUUCAAACAUAUCAGGGUUAUGAUAAUAAUAACAGGAAGGGCGGCAUGGCAGGCCAUCGUUCCCACUCCGCCGCCCCUGGCGACCCGCCGACUGCCCGGGCGUCCCGCUCGCGCUCCAAGUCGCCCCGGCGCGCUGCCUCCGACCACCGCAGCCUGUCGCCCCCGGAUGCGCGCGCAGCCGACCACGCCCCCAGCGCCUAUCAGAUGGCGCGGUUCCGGUCGCGCAGCGCCACUGCCACGCCCACCGGCUCGCCCAAGAAGCGCCAGUUGCCGCAGGUGCCGCAGGCGCUCGCUCGUGCGCUGCAGGAGCGCGUGGCGCAGGAUCUGGAAGGCGGCGGCAGAGCCAGAGGGAUGGGUAGGUACGUUCAUACCUACCGCAGCACAGGUUCCGGCUGGGAAAGGAGGUACAGCGGCCUCAGCGAUAGCGACCUCGCCAACCAUUCCAGGACCACCAGGAGGUCGUUUUCACCCCCCGAGAGAGAAAGAGAUAGAGACCGAGAUCCGUUGGGGCUCGUAGAUUUCGAUAGCGAUAUGGAGAGCGUUGCUUCGGUCACUAGCAGCGCGUUUUCCACGCAAUCAGAAAGACCUAGAGGAUCUAGAGCGACCAACUCGGAGUACACCGGCUAUCCUAGCUAUAGGAAUGCGUCGAGAAGUGCUAGAGAGAGAGAUCAAGACAUCAGGGAGCCGGCAGAUUCCUUGGACUCGCACCACGGUUACCACCAUCACCACAAUCAUCACCACCAUCACCAUCCCCACCAUAGGGAGGGCACUGUGAAGAGGGGACAGUUCACGAGGAGUUUGUCCAAUACCGAACCACCGAAUGAAGAAAAAACAGAUGGGAGUUUGAGCGAUACAGCAGUUGGGCAUAUACAAGAAAUCCCUCAGAAAGAAUUGAAGGGUAGAAGUGAGCACUCGAGAGACAGAGAGAGGGAUAGGCAAAAUCAGUUCGGGGGAUUGAAUAAGAAGAGUAGUUCUACCAGCCAGCUUUCAGCUACAGACGGUGGGUUGAAUAGAAAGAGGGUAUCGACCAGCAGCAGCAUUCAGCGCUCGCAGGAAGUGGUGCCCACCAUUCCGACCAGGUCGGCGGACAGCAGUCAAAGGGCUUCGAGCCUCAACUCCAUCUCGAGCUCCGAGGGAUCUUCGUGGUCCCCCUCUUUGCGGUUAGCAGGAGAAGGGGGCCAGCUGGCCGACUUCAUAGACGGCCUCGGCCCUGGCCAGCUAGUGGGCCGGCAGGUUCUGGGGGCCCCGGCCUUAGGGGACAUCCAGCUGUCCCUGUGCUACCAGAAGGGCUUCCUCGAGGUCGAAGUGAUAAGGGCGAGAGGGCUGCAAGCCAGGCCCGGAUCCAAAGUACUGCCAGCUCCUUAUGUCAAGGUUUAUCUCGUAAAUGGAAAAAAGUGUAUUGCGAAAGCAAAAACUAGCACUGCCCGGCGUACUCUGGACCCCCUGUACCAGCAACAAUUAGCGUUCAGAGAGAAUUUCCAAGGCUGUAUUCUACAAGUGACGGUUUGGGGUGACUACGGUCGUAUCGAGGGCAAAAAGGUGUUCAUGGGCGUCGCCCAAAUCAUGCUGGACGACCUCAACCUCAGCAACAUCGUCAUCGGCUGGUACAAGCUAUUCGGAACGACUUCCCUGUGAGAAGAAGCUUCGUACUGCCGCUCCUCAGAAAGAGACGAAUCACUUGAACUUCCUGCCACAAAAAAAGUGGCAUUCGGAACCGGUGAAUAGGAACUUCGAAUAUCUUUUUGUACAUUAUAUUUAUCUGUUGAUUACGAAAAAUAUACCUAAGACUAUAUCCCGACAAUGGGUACUCAAAACUUUUGAGAAACGAAAUUCGAAUGUACCUCAAAAUAUUUGAAAGCGUUUGUAACAUAAUAUUGAAUAAGUAUAACAUAUUUAUAGAUAUUAAUUUUCGGUGAGGAAAAAACUGAUGAAAUCAGUGGACUACCAUGACUUAUAGUAAUAGUGUGAAGUGAAAAAAAGUGUAGAUACACGCACAUAACUUAAGUAUAGAUUCACUACAAUACUACAAAUCAUAUCCGAAUAUGACUUAUAUGAAAUGUACAGGGCGGCCUGAAAUUGAAAGCUGACACAUUCUUUGAAAUUUUUGUCAUAAAAACCCUUUCUCGAAAUAGAUUUUAGUUUAAUUUGAACUGUUUUAUCUGUUUAGAGUUCACCAGAGUUGGAAUUGGAAAGUCAAUCAAUAGAUAGUAAUAAUUAUAUGUUGGAAAAAAUUGCAAUCUGAAACAUAAGAGAUCUGAAUCGAAAUGUAUCACAAUCAUGAGUGUUUUAUAAACCUCAUUAACCUAUCUACUCAAUAACAUUGAUUUAUCAGUGAUAUUGCCAUGAAGAAAUCAAGAGUUAUUCUGGGCCAAACUGAAGAAAAUUUCAAGAAAUCUUUCGACCGCCCUGAAAAAUGCUUUAUUGGAAUUGAAACUUGCUUUUUUACUUGGUAACUUAAACAAGGAUUUAGGUAAUGUUGAUAAUUCUGUAAAAUAUUAUAUUGAAAAGAAAGAUAGAACUGUAUAUGAACCCUUUAUGUAACAUAUAGAUAAAUUUACUUUUACUCUUAAAUUGUUGAACUGCAUGUGAUAAAAAUGUUAUGUUGGCUGUUCAAACUUCCCCGCUUUUUGGAAAAAAAAAUAUCCUCCGAUCCAAAGAUAAUGUAUUUCGUAUUAUUCUCUUUGUAAAAUUCAUUGUGCCCCAAACUUAUCAAAAAUGAAAAUGCUGGAAAACGGAUUUUUCAAAUCAUCAUAUAACGUAACAAUCGUUUGAAUGUCUAUUUUGAAUUCAAGAUCGGACACAUGAUUGCCAUAUUUUUAUAUUGAAAACGGAUGAUGCUCCAGUCUUUAUUUCUUUUGGGCUUUCUCCGGCUAACAAAAAAGGACACCUUCAUACUCUUAUAAUGCAACAAGAAAAAAUACUAUUGGUACAAUAUUUCAAUUUUGUGAUCUAGGCUGGAUUCUGAAGACUGUUGCAUCAUCUGAGGAAGUUGUUUGAAACUUUUAUUUUCACAAAAACCAAUGAAGUUGUGAGUUGGUCGAGAUUUUUUUAAUGAUUCCAACAACUCAUUCUUUUACCAUGAUGCUUUAUCUAGGUAGCUUAUUCGGACCCCGAGGCUAUAUAUAAUUGUCGAAAAUUCCCUUCAAAUUAGCGCAAAACUGCUCAAACGUCUAUAUUUUCUGUAGAUUUUUCGUAAUGAUGAAAAUAUGAAGUUGUUGUUGAAAUGCAGGUUGUUUCAGUUUCUUGUAAGGAUUUGAUAGAUAUUUUUAUGAAUUUAAAAAUUUUGAUGCAUUUGUAAAUUCUUGAUUGCAAGAAAAAUAUUUUUCAAAAUCUAAAAUUAUACCUGUUGCUAUACAGUGUUUUCCAAAUUUGAUCGUCAGCAUUGGCAUCUCGGUAUAACUAUUGGAGAUGGAGGGUCGGUUCGAUUACGAAAAUUUUAGCGAAUUCCGUCGAGAAAUCUGGACUAGCUUUAGUCAUUUUUAGGUAAUUCAAGGAAAAUAAAUUUUGUUACUUUGUUUCUGUCAAAUAUCUAAGAAACUAUUGAUGAUUGCAUGAAAAAACGACUCAUCAUUCUCAUACUAUUUUACAUUAGCCUUCCGAAUGGUUAUGUCACUUUUUGAUAAAAAUGUAAAAUUUCUGAGAUAUGAGAUAAUAUAUUCAAUUCUUCUUAUAAACGCCAUUUUUGUUUAAUGUCGAGUUGGUUAUGUUGAAAUUUCUAUGCAAACGAUUCUGUGCCUGACACAACUUGUCAAGAACAGGCUUGAAGCAACGUGACAGAAAUAUGACAUUUUGAACAAAUUCUGUCAAAACCAUUCGAAAGAUCAUUAAAAAAAACUGCAUGAAUGUUGAUGUCAUUUUCCAUAAACUCAAUGGUUUCCGCCAUAUUCUAGAAAUACAAAAGUGCAGUACAGUUUUUCGUCAUAUUAUGCUUCUGUAGUUCUUGAUUUCCUGAUAGUUUUUCUUGAAUGAUUAAAAAAUGACUGGCCCGGAUUCCUCAGGAUUCUGAAUCAUAAUUAUUGAAGACACAAUGUGUAUGAUAAAAUUGAAACAACCUGUACAAAUACUUGGGAAUAUUUAGAACAUGUAACGUUACUGAAACGAUUCAAAUAUAAUCUCUAAUUUUGUUUUCACGGUCAUUUCAAUAUCUUUUCGAUUCUUGAUGAUCACUUUCGAAUUGUUUUUACAGGGUUCUUGAAUUCUAGACAUUCGCGAAAUCAAUCAAGUUUCUUUCCUUCCCUCGUUCACAACGAAUUUUCUUGUACAAAUCACUUUAUGAAAAAUACAUUUUGGUAUUUUAAAAAUUACUGGACGACUCCUCAUCAGUUGCAAAAAAUGACAAGACAAUUCAAAGUGUAAAAAUGAUUAAUAUUACCGAAUUUCUGCAAAUGGUGUUACUCGUUACAAAAUAAUUUCAAGAAUUGCAUUGCAUUAUUGUAUUUUUUUUAGUGUUACAGUGCUGAACGGCUAUGAAAUUCGAAAAAAUAUAUUAUUCCAAGUCACAACUUUCGAAAUUAUAAAUAUUUUAUUUGUUAAUUUUUUUUUCAGGCCACUUGUAGAGAUUUUUGCCAUGAUUCAUUUAAGUAACUUAUCCAUCAAAUAUUUCUAUUGGCCGGAAGCGAGUUGAAAUGUAUAUAAUAGAAUGACAGCUUUAUAUAUUUACGAAAUAGUAGGUAUUCUUUUGGUUUCCUUAGACUCUUGAUUUUGGACAAAUACCUAAAAUGCAAAUAGCUUUCAAGUGCUUCUGAAAAUUUGUCAACUAUCAUUCAAUAUCAUCAAAAAAAUAUUCAAUGGACGGAAACUAAUAUAUAUUUUCAUCAAUAGAUUACAGUCUAUUACAGAAACAAGGAAAUGGUCACUAGCAACACAAAUAAACAGAACGCUAUUUUUAUUUUUUGCCAAACUAUGAGAAAAUUUCGAAUGAUAUGGAUUUCGAAUUAUGACUGACAAAAAAAAUGGCUCGUUUUUUUUUCAAACACGUCAUUUUAACUUUUCAGAAAGAAGAGUCAUAUGUACAGGGUGAUCCUGAAAGGUUUGUACAAAAGAUUACCAUAGACUCCUGAGACCAAGAAGCGAUGAUUGAACCAAACUUACGUCUAUAUCAAAACGCGAAUUUCAUUUCUUUAUUUUUUCGCAUAUUUCAAUAUUGUCGAUGAAUAUCGUUCUGAAAUUUUUUAGGUACACUUGAAGAAUGUUACAUAUUUGGAGUACUGUUGAUCAAAAAAUUGAUAGCACUUUUUCUCAGUACGCCACUGAACAUAUCUCAAUAUUGUUUUCUAUUCCCUCAUUCAAAACCUAACUUUCAGCUCUCUUGAGAGUUUGUGAUAUUUCUAUUGGUUUGCAAAUUAAUUGGCCAAAUUCAAUUUGAUGCAUACCUGAUACUCUUCAGCAGUAUUUAAUUAUUGUAGGUUUGCAUUCAUAUAAAAUCAUCUAUCAUAGAAUGAUAUCCAAUAUGUGACACACAUUUCUCCACGAAUUUUAAAGACAUGGUGUUGCAUAAAAAUACGAAAUAAAAAUACAAUUUCAAUGAGCUGUUCAAUCUUCUUGCCUUGGUCUCAGGAGUCUAUGGUAUCAUUUUGUACAGACCUUUCAGGGACCCUGUAUACUAUUACUCUAUCAGCCAUAUUUGGAAAAUUCACUUUUUGGCGAAUUUCAUCAUAAUCUUCAUUGUAUAAUCAUUCAGCUUAUGAUAAUCAUUUGGGUUAAUUAACAGUACGAAUUCCUAUACAGAGUGUAUCUUAAAUAUUAUGUACAUAUUGAAAUAGGUAGCUUCUUGGCUGAUUUCUUGAUGUUGUCGAGUUCAAGAUAGUCUGUUAUGUGCUUAAGAAAUUCUCAUAACUUCAAAAUCUCAAUCUCAAUUACAGUCAUACAGUGUGUUGAGGCACCUAUAUACAUUAAAAUGAGACGUCAAAUCAGUUUUUCAUUGGACGAUAGUUUAAUUUUUUUCCCAAUUUCAACACCAUGUAUCUCGAAAACUGAUAUAUCGAAUUAGCACACAUGUUUGAAAGAACGUUCAGUCCCGAAAUAAGCCAAGGAAUUAUUCCAUAUCUAGAUGAUAUUCAUGAAAACCUGUAUAGUGAAACAAAAAAAAAAGAUCUGUAUUCAAGCUAGUCAGGAUAUUUCGAAUUGUUUACUUUGAAAAACUGUUCAUUAUAUAUGUCAGAAGAUCCAGGACACAACAUUUCCACUAUGUAUUCAUUCAGAAAUGGCUGUUCAUUUUUCUCUUGGAAGUAAAUCUAUUGAAUGAAUCUCAAACUUGAAAUUAUAGAAAUCUCUAUAGCUACCGAAUCCGAAUGAUAUUUUUGGUUUUUGCGUUGAUUUUUGACGAGCGUCUCCUUCGAAUACCAUUAUAUUAUAAACACCAAGAUGUUGGUGUGAUGUUAGCUGUUUUUACAAAAAAAAAUAAUUCGGGCAUAAACUUGAAUGCAAUUAUUUUAAUUCAUACAUUCUGUAAGAUAUAUAAACACUCUAAUACAGUUCAAUUGGUUAAAUACAAUAUCAACUACAGUUCUAAGGACAUAGAACAGACCACACAUAAAUCGUCCCUUUUUUGAAAACCUGAAGGAUUUCAGUAAUUCCAAUCACAGCUAAGAUAAUAAAUUCGAACAUACUGUAUACUUAACAGGGUGUAAAUAAGUUAGAACUAAGACACUAUUAUUAUUUGCUAUACGUGUGGUAUCAGAAAUUUUCAUUAUGAUGAAAAAUCGGUCACAGCUGGGACUUUAUCUUUGGACAAUUUUGGUAUUCUUCCAAAAUUUGCAACUGGAAGAGAAUCGAUGAAUUUCUUCUUGAAACAUGCAUUUCUUGGAAUUUAUAUUUGAUCAACCUUCAAUAACGUGAGAACUCUCAUGUGUUGGAAGUAUAUGAACUAUGAAGUUACCUAGUUGCAAAUUUUGGGAAAAUACCUCGCCUCGAGAUGAAAUCUCUAUAUAUCUAACUGUAUAACUGAGAGACUAGACAACAUCGCAAAAAAAUAUCACAGUAUAUUGAUUCUAAUAAUGUACAGCCUAUGUAUUCUUCAAUGGUGCUGAUUUUCUGAAAUUAUCUUAGAUGUGAUAGAAUUGAUGAGACAAAACAUUCGAUACCGAAAAUUGUAAUUGAAUAUUUUGAUUCCUCCAGAAAAAAUAAAUGUAUAGAUUGUCAAUCAGGGUCAAAUUAUAAAUGGUCAUUUUAUUUACUUAAUUUAUUUUUCACCAAUUUUUUUGUGUGUCCAUGUAUAUAAAGAGGUAGAAAGAAUGCAUCCGUGAUUCACCCAAAAAGUCCCCAAUGUUCACUUGAUCAAUGAACCUUCCUCAGAUCGUCAUAAAAAAAGUUCUAUCAAAUGCAACAAUAAUUAUUGCAAUCUUCGAUAACGAUAAGAUUGUCAUAUUUAUCCUCUAUUUUCAGAUAAAAUGCGAGAAAACAAGCAACAUGGAUUUUCAAGUGAAUAAACUCAUGAUGAGUCAUUCAAAGAGUUCAGACAUAAAGGUAGUUAAUUAAAUGAUCUUUGACCAUAAAAAGUCAGUGGCUGCUCGUUACUAGUACUGGCUAUUUAUGAUGGGCAUGCAUUCACGUCCGAAAGAAUAAUUUUUUGUUUUUGGAAGUUUAAUCCUGGUCAAUUAUUGUAGUUUCACCCAUGAAAUUUUGCGUUUUUGAUGAGACGAUAUUCUACUUACUCAACUGAAUGAAACCAAACAGAGAAAUAUAUAGAAAAUCGAAAUGUGUAAAUUAGAACUUGUAUUGCCAUGGAACGAUUUUUUCUCACUAAGUGAACUGUAAUGGAGUGUUUCACACAAAUUUAAACAAAUUGCGCAUAUCAUAUAAUUGUCAGCGUCCACUGAAUGUCCGUCUAGAUAUGUUCACUCUUGACUGAUGUAUCCAUAUUAUCCAGCCCUAGAAUGGGGGCAAG